ACUUCAAAAUGCGCGCCUUAGGAUUCACCGCCCUCUAGCGCAAGCGCACUGACAGAAAACACUUGACUGUUUACUGUCACCUGAAAUCUUAGGUUAUGGAUUAUCUGAGCAUAGAACGAUAAACACGGAAAUAACUAGAAAGAAAGCAAUGGAUUGGAGUUAGUAAUGUUUUGACUGUCAUCAUGACUUCCAUCAUUGCGUAACAUAUCAGCCAUUCAGAGAAGGUAUUGUCAAACCUCGUCAGACGUGGCAAAAAUAAACUGUUAGGUUUGGUCGAUACUCGUUGAUAUCUACAUCAUGGCAGUGUGGAUGGAUGGUUUCGAUUUCCCCCCUGAGCUCUGUAGUAAGCCUUUAGCAUUAAUUGGCAUAUCAGGCAUUGAUGUCACCAAAAAUGCAUCUGACCGUGAAGUCUGGGAGUCGCUUAGCAAUAACAGGGCCCCAAAUAGAGCUCAUAUAAGUUUCAAACUUCUAGAGCCUCAGCAUGUAUUUCCUGUUAUGAAACCCAAGAGAAAUACAUACGACUGGUACAUUCCAAAAGGUAUCCUUAAGCGGAACUGGAUUGUGAAACACCUUCAAGAGUUACCUGCUGUCAAUGUUUUGUUCUAUCAUCUUGAUUGGGACGAUCCCAAUUUUGCUGCCAAGAAGCUUGACUGUGCGAACAGAUUGCAGAGUAUUCGAGGAGCUUUGAAGGGGCGGUUAACAAGACUAGCUGUGGUGCUGAUCCAAAGGACUGCUCCAGUGGCAGGAGAGGACCCGUCUGCUGCUGACAAGGCUAAUGCACUGUGUACCGCUUGCGAACUCAAUCCAAAAUGCUUGUUUGUUCUUCCGCUUGGAGAUCACCUCCAAGGAUACAUUCUCAGGCUAGAAAAAGCAUUUCUUGAAUUAGCUCAGGGUUAUUAUCAUCAUGCCAUUCGGGCCAUCAAGUCACACAGAGACCAACUCAAUAAAACAACUCAACAAUACCUCAUGGUGCGACACUUAUUUAAAAUUGGACUAUUGUCUGAGCUCAAACAAGAUUCACAUAAUGCUCACAAGAGUUAUGCACAAGCUUAUAGCCAGUUGUUGGAUUUGCGUGUUGCGGACACAAAUGCCAUGGAGGUGAAGACAGUUGCUGGACUCAUUAACUACAAAAUCUGCCGUAUUCUGUUUUCCCAAAGUAUGCCUCGUGACGCUAUUGCUCAAUUUAGAGCUCAUACUGAAGCAUUUAAAAACCGAGAAGGUCACAAAGAUCUGACCUUUGAACAUUAUGGCUGGUUAGCCAAGCAGUAUUGGGUUUUUGGAGACUUAUUUGAUGAAGCAAUCAAACAAGGAGUUCAAGCAGUGCAGACUCAACAUCCUGGAUUUUACUACCAACAAGCUGCUCAGUUGGCAAUUCAAAGGAAGCAAGCUUGUGAGCAGCUUUGUCAGAAUGUAACAACGUAUCCCGAGCCAGACCCACUCACUGGAAUGGAUACAUUGGAAUUUUUCGGCCAAAGAGCAUGGCGACCUGGAAGUUUAAGCGUGGAACCAAUUGAUCCUAGCAGGGAAAGAGAUGGCAUCCUUGCUCUUCAGUUCAGAGAGAAAAACGGUGUGAACCACUCGAGCCUUAUCAUAACAUUAUUUGGGAUUGCUAUCUCACAAUUCAAAGCUUUCCGCUGUCCACGGAUGAGGCGACAGCUCUUGGUUCAAAUGGCAGAAGAAUACUUCAGUGCCAAAGAUUAUGGAAAAGCACUCACUGUAUUAACACAUAUGCUUUGGGAUUAUCGAUCAGAGAAAUGGUGGAGACUUCUCUCCGCUAUCCUCUUAAGAGCGUUAGGAUGUGCCUAUCUCACCGCAGGACUUCAGGACUAUGUGACUUUGUCUCUUGAAGCUUUAGGCACUGCUGCUCAGCUGACGUCUCAAGACAAAACGAGAGUGUUUCAAAAUCUAAAUAGAAUCCUGAAGAGGCAGCUACCGGAGCCGGAACCAGGCCUCUCUCCAAUAGAUCUUCCUCAUGCAAAAGAAUUAUGGACAGCAAGCUGUGCGUCUGUAGAUCCACCAUAUGUCACAGUAGAUAUGAGCAAUGUUGCCUCUUGUGUGGAAAGCAAAGCCAAGUUCACUGAGUCUCAAUCUCAUGUAGACAAGCCAGUGCUCAUCGAAGUAUAUGUUAGAAGUUCAUGCCCACAUCCAAUUCAAUUUUCAAAAUUAUUGGUCACUGUGACUACUCCAAGUAUGAGCACUGAGCUCCCUGCCUCAAUAGUGGGGCCCUCUGAAGGUCAUCCAUUGCAUUUUGAAACAAAUUCAGUGAAGUCAUACAUGUGCCAGUUCAUCCCAGAUCACCGAGAUGUUGGAAAUGAGAUUCAAAUCACCUCCAUUUUACUUCAUAUGGGAGCAGAUGGAGAUCGUAAUAUAAUUUUACGAUACUCUUGUGUGAGCAAUGAAUCGUCUGGAGCUGAUGACAUCUGUCCUGAGCUUCAGCAUUUCAGACCUACUCCAGUGAAGUCAGUAAAUUUUGACAGCAUACGUGUACAAUCAACAACUCUUCUGGUGCCUCGCACGUCAUUGUUGGACUUGUCUAUUCAUCAUGACGCACCUGCCCUCCUCGGCGAGUGGUACAAGGUGCAGUUAAAAAUGCUUAACAAUGAGCUGUGUAAUGCUUCCUCCUUGAGUGUUGAAGUAUCUUUGGUGCCAAGUACUGAUGAUCCACACCAAGAACUCACAACUCAGUUAUGCAAAGAUGUAUCGGGAGAGUUAGUUUCUCUUCCUAUGCAGUUAAUUAUUGGGGAUCUCAAUGUUGGUUCCUCCAAAGAAAUAAGUUUCUAUGUACGGGCUCUCCGCCUAAACACAAGAAAUCUUCUUAUAAAAGCAAAGUAUUUAAUGCUUGACCCUUCUCUAGGCAUCAAUGCAGAAUUUUGGAAUGUUUGUGAAAAACUUGUGACAAUAUCAGUUGUAAAGCCAUUUGAUGUUUUGACCAAGUUCAUUUCUUUGCAACUUGACCCACUUACCAAGGCAAUAGCUCUUGAGCCUUUAAUUGCAAUGCCCCAUACAGAAUGUCUUUCACCAUGGCCCAUUGUUAUUCACAACUCAUCCUUUGAGCUCGCCCAGAAUGUACGUUUGGUAGAUGACUCCUUUGUAUCCCAACUGGAAGGCCUAGAACUACAGAAAGGAGAGAUGGCUGCAGAAGCAACAGUCCUCAAUAUCACUCAGCCUAGUGAUCAGCCUGUUCAUGUAGGGACAUAUCAUUUACAGUGGAGCAGGAAGGGACAGGAGCAUAUGGUAACAAGCAGCACUGUAACAUUACCUACCCUCAGAGUUGAAAAUGCUCCAAUUUAUGUUGAAAUGGUACUUCCUGCUCAUGGUUGGGUAAGAACACCGAUGGCUGUGUCAUAUCGAAUUCACAACCAUACAAAUCGCCUAAUUGAUGUUGACCUAAGUAUGGAAGCUAGUGAUGCCUUCAUGUUUGCAGGCCAUAAGCAGCUUCAGCUUUGCUUAUUACCCGAAUCAGUUCGUACGCUAGAUUACAAUCUGUAUCCUCUUUUGUCGGGGCUUGUUGCUCUGCCUAGACUCUGUCUCUCUCUAGUCAAGGAGGGUCAGUUGGAACUUCAACCUCCUGCCCUGGCCGAACUUCUGCAACGUUGUUUACCAACUCAUGUUUAUGUUAUGCCUCAAGCUAAAGGUAAAGCAGCAACACCACAGGUACCUGUACCUUCAUGAGGUGGCAAGAAAUCAAAUAAUUGUUACAAAUUAAUAACAAUCAUGAGAUUGUAAAUCACUGAUGUCGAAUCAAGACCACACACAAUGAGAUUGUAUGUUUCCAAGUAAUAGGAAGUUGUUCUCUAUCAGAAAAUUGUUGCUCUUAUGAUAUGAAGUAUAUUGUUUUUGUUACUGUU